AUGGACCGUAAGAAUGGCUGGAAGCAGCCGCCAUCGAGCAGCACGAGACGCAAAUCGUCUUUCAAGUCGACCAGUACCGGUCCACCAGCGGGUGUUUCAUCGGAAUCAAAAGACCCCAAACCGGACCGUUUCGGCACAAAAGCGGAUCGCACCAGCAACAUCCCGCAGCAGCAUCCGGCCGGCUUUGCCUCAGUACACCGUCCCCGGCAGAUAAGCAGCGUGGCGGCCGCCAUCAAGCGCACGGCCGGUCAGCAUGGCGCACCGUUUGAUGGGCGGCUCGUCUUUGGCCUGCAACCGGACGGAUCUCGGCAGAGCCAGAGCGCAUCGCUACACCCGACGAGGCUCUCAAAAGCUCCGGUUCCGUUUGGAACCGGCACACCGAUGGUGCGAUCGAACGCCAAAGUAGCCCCAGUCGGACCAGUUCCGGUCGGAUCCGGUGCUGCCGGGGGAGGUGAAAACAAUGGCAGAAUAUUUAAUCAACCGGCACUGCCGCUGCCGGUGCAGAUUCCGAAUCCGUACGCCUCAGGCACGUCGACCGUGCCCAAUUAUGGCACCCAUCUGCUGUCCCAGCCGGUCCCGUCACAAAGGGCCGAUUAUCUGCAGCCCAGACAGGGUGGCACGCAUCAAAAGCCCUCGAAUAGCGUGGCAUCGUCGGGAGGACCAGCUAGUGGUGGUGUACGGUUCGCGAAACAGCAAACCGGGCUCGUGGCGGGAAAGCUGACGUCGAAGUUGCUGAAUGACAUCUACGAGAAGCACCUGUUGAGCCAGACCACCUUCGAGGUGGGUUUAAGCACGAAGGCCCUUCCGGAACCGGUUCGAACGCUAACGAAGACUGACACUUGGUUGCGUGCCGGAACUGGCGCCUCAAAAGCCUUGGUUAAAGAAGCCACACCAACACCGCCCACCGGCAUGGAUCCUUCUGUAAGGACGCUCGCGCGGUUGGACGAUAAUUUGUACGAGUCCGUGCGAAGCAAUUAUCAUAUCUACGAAAAGAUUGACUCACGCAGAUCGUCUCUCAGUGGAUCAACGCCUCCUGUACCGUCGGCAUCAUCCUCCUCGGUAGCGUCCUCGCUUGAGCAGUACAUUCGUCCUGUGGCUCCAUUGCUCGUGCCACCACCACUACAUCCACGUCCAAAAUCACACCCAUCCGGUGGAAUCGACCAUCACCAAUCAAACGAACCGAACCUUCACGAACUGCAACCGUCCACACAACCGUUGAGGCUGAAUUGCACCGGAAGUACGGACCUUUCACCGAUUCAGGAAAGACCUCCAUUGCCACCGGCGACAGUCAGAACCUCGGGACGGCCCGAUCGAGUCAACAUCGCACUGGAAACAGCCAAAGCGCGAGCCACCGCAGCAUACAUCGAGAGAGCUGCGCAACGGUUGGCUUCCGGUGGCAACGAAACUGCAACAACGAAAAAUUGCACCACGGAAAUGAGUGCGAACGGUGGCUUCUGUGGGGCGAUUCAACGGGCGAGCCCUCCGGUUCCGGCCGGACUGGCCCGCCGGAUGGCGAACCGGGAAAACAUCGGACUGGGCAAGGUCAAAGUUAUGCUCCGCGUGUCCGAUGACCCACCGAGGCAAGCGACCGGCGAACAGCAGGACGGCCAGCCGGCGCCAGGAUCUGCCACCAGUGCCGCCACACCCACCUACCUGACCGUGGACAAGAAGAAGCGUCAGGUGACGCUUACCGAGACGCAAAGCAGCACAGCGAUGGCUCCGUCCGAACGCGGACCAAUGGUGUCCGCACCGAAAAUGUUUGCAUUCGAUGCAUUAUUUACGACCGAAGACUCGCAGCAAGACAUCUGCGGGACGGCCCUUUCCGAGGUGAUACCGGCUGUGCUGGAAGGAUCGGAUGGAUGUCUCUUGUCGCUAGGAUACCCCGGAGCAGGUCAAUCACGCACCAUGUUCGGAACGGUGGCAUCACCCCCGGGAGACCUCGGGGCGAUACCGUGCGCCAUCGCCUGGCUGUACAAGGGCAUUAAUGAGAAACGUCAAAAAUCGGGCGCUCGCUUUUCCGUGCGCGUCAGUGCGCUUGGCGUGAACGCAACGAAACCGGGCUCAUCCUCCAGGGAUCUACUCGCCGGACACGCGACAGAAUCCGACGAUUCGCCCGGGAUGUACCUCCGGGGGGACUUUCUCAGUCGGCCAACGGAACUGCGGGCACCAACGGCUGAACGAGCGGCCCUUUUUCUCGACCUUGCUCUAUCAGGACGAUCGCAGUGUAACUUCGAACCCGCGCUUAUCUACACGCUGCAUGUCUACCAGUACAGUCUGUCCGGGAAACGUGGUGUCGAAGGUGGAAGGAGUCGAUUGCAUCUGAUCGAUCUCGGAGGCUGUGCCAAUCGAAACGGAGGUCUACCACUGUCCGGCAUCGGGAAUGUCCUGCUGGCGAUCCUGAGCGGACAAAAGCAUCCACCCAAUCGGGACCAUCCACUGACGCCUCUUCUAAGGGACUGUCUCGCGCCAAUCACCUGUCACGUCGCUGUGGUGGCCCACGUCGCACACACGCAGACACACACAGACACACUGACGACGAUCCAGCUGGCGUCAAGGAUCCACAGGAUGCGACGACGGCUGAGACCUCGGAACCAUCUGCUGGGAGACAAAGCCCUUAAUGCCGGUUCCAGCGGGCAUCAGUCGGGUGGAUCAUCCGAGGGUCCCGAUCCGUCCAGUUCGGACUUCUCGCAGGACACCGUCAUCUACAUGGGCCCGUGUGAUGACCCCACGGACGGUGAACAUCCACCGGUGUACCUGCCGAGCCUGAACUCGGGUGACAACCGGUGUGCGAUGAACAAGGCACUAAAAGGCUCGGCAGCAGAGAAAGGACCUUCGGCACUUGCGACACCUUCUCCUAAGAAGAAGGCAACGGCGUCAAACACCUCCAAGGCUCAAACGACGACUGCUCCAACGAUGUCUGCGACAUCAGUGGGUGUUGGACGAACGGACAGCUUGAAGCGAAGCCAACAGCACUCGUACGCACAUCAGCAGAGUUCCACCGGAGGUCCCGAGUUGGUCUCCAACGCCAUCCAGAUCGCGUCCCAACACGCCUCGCCCAAAGUGAUAGCGGGCGCCUUCCGACACGCGGCCGGCGUCAGCAAGGGCUCAAACAUCCCCACACCGAAGGGUUCGCCUAUGAGGCGACCAGUCACCACAGGACCUCCAGGAGUUGCCGCAGGAUCUUCCUCGGCGGGUGCUCGCGAAAGUCCCGUCCGACAGAUCAGCGAAGAGAAGUGGAUCGAUGGGCCGAGGGUUUCCAAAUCGAAGGUCCACGAAGCGCGCCACCUGCUGCGUGAGAUCAACCACGUGAAGAAGUGCGAAACUUGGGUGGAUGGUCCGCGAACACAAGCCGGUCAGCCACAGAUGAGUGCGGCUGUGGCCGCAAACGCCGCCGUUGGGUAUGGUUUCAUGGACACGCACAAAAAGAACAUGAUCCGCCAGUGGGUUGAGAACCAAUCCAUCCAGCUGUUGCAGCAAUCGCUGUCGGCGAAUAGUUCACCGAUGCACACGAAACAUCACGCCACCUAUAGCCUGCCAAAGUUCAAACCGAGCCGAUCGGAUGAGGAUGGAUUUCUGACGCUCGAGCUUGAUCGCACCGGCGAUGAACAGCAGCUAGUGAAUCCGAUCGCAAUGCGUGGCUUCACUGCGGCUACGUCUGUGGCUGCCAACAGCUCCGAGAGUCACGUACGGACGGGUUUGAAGCAAACGUACAGUCUCGAUGCUGAACCGAAUCCCUCAGUGCCAACGUCACAUGCCUCAGCACAUGCCCAGCAACAUCGGCAGAGUCCACCGUUGUACGCUUCCGUCAGUGCUGCAGCAAAAAUGGCGGCUGCAGCAGCUUCAGCAGCGGCCUCCGUGAGCUCUCACCACGACAAUCACUCGGAGCGAUCGCGAGCGGCAUCUCUGGCCAGUGAUAGGGCGUCACACACGCACCAACAGCAGACGGACGCGAUCACGCAGGAAGAAGAGGAUCAGGAUAGUGGACCCUCGGAAGUGCCACCGGCGUUACCACUGAUGGAUCCGCUUGGAUCGCGCGAGAUCUCCCACGAAAGCAUCCACAUGCUGUGUUCGAGACACGCGUCCCGAGACGACGCGAUGAGUGUGCACAGCCACAAUAGCCACAACAUCGGUAUGAUGGAUUGCGGACUGCAGGUGACGGAGGACGAGAUCGCAAAGACCAUGAAAGCAGGGGAACCACAUCCACUGAGUGCGCUAAGUCACGGCGAGUUGUCCAUCGUGUCGAGCUUCAAUGUCGGUGGGGACGUCUUUAGUGAUUGUGUUAUCGGCGAAAACAUGAGGAGCCAGUUUGAUCAGCUAGCACGACUUCGCGAGAUCUUCACGUCCCAGCUAGCGAUGGCCGAAGUGACACCUUCCUUCCGACUCGGAGACACCAGUAGCGUGUACAGUGAACCAGCCUAUCGCUUCAAUGCCGGCCCGGGAAGUGUCUGCAGCGAACCAGCCUACCGUCCUCCGAGUCCGCGAUGUCGUGACUGUCGCCAAUCGAUGGCCAUGUCACGUACUCCAAGCCAAAGCUCUCUACCCAGUCUGACGGGGAUUGUGGCGAUCGCAGGCAUGGAACAAUACGCCUCUCUACGCCAUCCAGAUGGGGCUUCAGACCCUAACCUGCCCAAAAUGGAACGAACGACGGAUGAACUGCUGGAACCAGACGAAUCUCUACCACACGCGCACAUCCGUGAAAACCCUCUAGCGGAGCUGAUGUGCGAUGAGGACGACACACAACUCAAAGGUGGACCUACAGCCACUCUGUUGCCACCUUCGAAUCUACCCAGCUUGCCACUGUUGCCUCUCUCGACGCCAGAAGCAUACGACAGCGGACAUGAUUCAACUCCGCGCACGUCCAAACACUCUGGCAUCUCGAGACGUGCCGAAAGUGGCUACCACAGUGUCGGAACUGUCCGCGAUAGUGACGAGUCGAGCUUUGGAUCUGCGGCAUCUCGAGCGCACCAGAAAUCGGUGCCUGGGGCUGGUGGAAAAAAGCGUCACCGACCCGACAACAAGUCACUCUGCCACUGGCUGCGGAAUCCGUUCAACUGCACCUACCCGGACACGGAGGGCGAGAUCAGUGACUUCUAG